AUGACCAAAUGGCUUCUCACCAUUAUCAAUAAUCUUCAAAAAUUGCGCAAGCACUACGAGCUUGUUGACAUCAACAACAAGAUUCUAAAGGCUCUUCCACUUAAGGACUAUAGUUUGAAAGUGGCAAGUAGAGAAGAAGCCGAUGAGGACUUUGGGAAGGUGUCUACAGAUGAACUUACUUAUGAGAUGACUCUUAAGAAAGAGGAAGAGCAAGAAAAGGAGAGGGAGACAAAAAGGAAACCCUUAGCUAUCAAAAGCUCCACCAAACCUCGAGAGAGUGAGAGCUCUAAUGGAUCCGAAUCAAGUGAAGAUGAAGAUGAAGAUCUUGCAAUAGUUUCGAAGAAGCAAGGGCACAUCAAGGCCGAUUGCUUCAAGAGCAAAAAUAAAAAAAAAUUUGAGAAGAAAAAGGAGAAGAAAAGAGCCUUUAAAGCCACAUGGAAUGACAUUUCAUCAAGUGAAGAUGAAGAUGAGGAAGUGGCCAAUUUAUUCUUCGUGGCACAAAAAGAUGCACCAAGUGAGAUCGGCGGAAUUAGUAAUACUUCGAGUAUGAGAGGAACUGUUUGUUAUGUUGCUCAUGAGUAUGGAGGCGGUGGUCUCUUAUUAGAUAAGUCUGAUGUUUAUAAUUUUGGAGUUCUUUUGUUAGUUCUUAUUACUGGUAGGCGUCCACUUCAGGUUACUAGUUCUCCAAUGUCUGAGUUUCAGCGUGCCAAUCUUAUACACUGGGCUCGUCAUCUUGCCCGUGCAGGAAAGCUUCUUGAUUUGGUUAAUCAGUCUGUACAGUCUGAUGAGGAUGAAGAUGAUGAUGAGCGGUUACUGCUGCGAUUGAUUAAAACAGAGAUGGAGAAGAGCAGUGAACAGCGGUUGCCGCUGCCUAUGCCGAUCUACAGAGAUGAAGAAGAGAUUUGA